AUGGAUCGGCUCUGCGCAGAAGCGCUGCGAGACUAUCAGCGAGCACUGUUUGGUCUGGAUCGUCAUGAAGUUGCAUCGGCACUUUUCCGUCCAGAGAUGUCAAAUUCUCGUAAUCUUUUCGACACGUCAUCCCUCUUCCCGAUGCUCGACCAACCAAAGCCUCAGCAUUCAUAUAUCGGACUCAUAGCAAUGGCAAUCCUGUCUUCUCCAGAGAAGAAGAUGGUGCUUAGCGAAGUAUAUGAAUGGAUAAUGAUACAUUACCCUUACUUCCGUACACGAGGUUCCGGUUGGAGAAACAGCAUCAGGCACAAUCUGAGCUUAAACGACUGUUUUGUGAAAGCCGGAAGAGCUGCGAAUGGAAAGGGCCACUAUUGGGCAGUACAUCCGGCUUGUCUUCGCGAUUUUGAACGAGGCGAUUUUAGACGCAGAAGAGCGCAAAGAAAAGUUCGCCGACACAUGGGUUUAUCAGUGCCAGACGGAGAAUCCUCAGACGACUCUCCUAGUCCUACUCCUGCCUUUCCGUAUCCCCUACAAGAGAUAAAGUUGCCAACAGCAACGUCUAGAAGACGAGAUUUUUCCAUCGACUCUUUACUAGCAGACGAUUUUUAG